UUGCUGCUGGGCUCCCCCCGUUCUGAACUCCUCCUCUGAGCCGCGCUCUGAGUUCCCCCCCCGCGCUGCUGAAGCGAGAGCCCCGCUCUGAGACCCCUCUGCUGAGUGUGUGUCCCCGUCCCCACCCCCACCCUCCUGCUCCGAGCCCCCGGUGCCGAGGUCCCUCGCUGAGCCCCCCGCUCUGAGCCGCCCGGUGCCGGGUCCCUCACUGCCGGGAUGUGGGGCGCGGUGUGGCGGCGCGGGGUCCGCCGCGGGCAGGGGCUGUUGCGGGGGCUGGUGUCGGGCGGCAGCCCCUGGAGCCAGGUGGUGUCGGAGGCCGAGAAGAUCGUGGGGUACCCGACGUCCUUCAUGAGCUUGCGGUGCCUGCUGAGCGACGAGCUCAGCAACAUCGCCAUGCAGGUUCGCAAGCUGGUGGGCACCAAGCACCCGCUGCUCGACACCGCCCGGGGAUUUGUGUAUGAUAGCCGAAAUAAUUUACAGAUGCGAGGUUUGGUUGUAUUGCUAAUUUCCAAAGCUGCUGGACCCAGCACGGCAGAUCUGUCUUUUCAGCACAACAUGGUCAGUGGAAUUUAUUCCAGUCAAAGAAGUCUGGCCGAGAUUACAGAACUGAUCCACACUGCCUUUCUUGUGCAUCGUGGCAUAGUGAAUAUUGGUGAGCUCAAGUCCUGUGAUGGCCCACUGAAGGACAUGCAGUUUGGAAAUAAGAUGGCUGUUUUGAGUGGAGACUUUCUUCUAGCAAAUGCUUGCACAAGCCUUGCACAGUUGCAGAAUACCAAGGUUGUGGAACUCAUUUCAAGUGCUAUUGGUGACUUAGUUCAAGGUAUAUAUUAUGAAAACUCAAAAUCAUCUGAGGAGAACUGUCUUACAGAUGAUAUCGGCAUAUCUACAUGGAAGGAGCAGGUUUUCCUGUCUCAUAGUGCCUUGCUGGCAAAGAGCUGCCAGGCUGCGAUGGAGCUAGCAAAGCAUAGCGCUGAGAUUCAGGACAUGGCAUUUCAGUAUGGAAAGCACAUGUCUAUGAGUCAUAAGCUACAUUCAGACCUUCAGCCGUUUGUUAAAGAAAGUUCUAGUGACACCAUGGCCUUCAGCUUGAAUUCUGCUCCUGCAGUCCUGCAUCAGGAAUUCCUUGGAAGGGAGGCAUGGAUUAAGCAGAUCAGAGAGGCACAAGGAAAAGGAAACAUUAUGGACUACAAAAAGCUGCAGGAAGCAAUCAAGGCUGGCAAAGGUGUGACUUCUGCCAUCGACCUCUGCUGCUACCACGGAAACAGAGCGCUGGCAGCCCUGGAGCGCUUCCCUGCCUCGGAGGCCAGGGCUGCCUUGGCCAACAUUGUCUACGCCGUGACCAGGUUUCCCUGACCCGCCAUCCUGAGAGGAACUGCUCUCCCUCCGUGGACAGGAGCAACCCUGCACUGUUGGUCACCUCAUCCUCCCUGUUCCGACUGAGAAACACGUGCCAGCUGCCACCAUGACCAGCAAGAUUCAGGAGGGGGAAGAAAAAAAAGGUCACAGUCGGCUUUUGCUUGUCAUGCCAGAAGCACACUUGAGGCUGCACCGGUAGAAAUAAUUAAUGAGUCCCGUUUCUGUGACCUCAGCAAAUGGACAGGAAAUAAGUCGGUAUUGAUUGGCACCGGCAGGGACGGCGCCAGGGCGGAGGCCGGUGGUUUUCCUGCCCGAGGGAGGGAUGGAGGGGCGUGAAGAUCCAGGUGUCACAAGAAACCUGCUCAAACCUGCCCAGAGAGCAAGCUGCCGAAGCCAGGAAUUAAUGUACCCGGUUAUCAAGGGGAAGGGCAGUUCGGGGGAUUAAUGGGGGAAAAUCCUCUCUCUGUGUGCACGCAGUCGUGUCUCCUCACACUUUUUAUGUAUUCAAAUGUAAAAUUACCCUGUGCCUAAUGCUUUCCGUAUUUGAGAAACUUGCUGAGAAAAUGUGUCAAGCAUGGUAAGUAGGAGCUUUAAAAUAUUUAAUCAAAUAUUAAUUUGGCUGUGUUAAGGGAAGUGACUGCCUGGAUUUUAUACUGUGUGUAUAAAAUAUGUUGCUCUGGGUCAAAGAAUGAGAUUUUUCCAACUCUUCUCGGGGAGGAAAUAAUCCCUUCCUCAGAUCAAGCAGUUUGUUUCAACACUGUCUUACACAAAAGAAUUUCCUAGGUUUAUGACACUUGCAUUUAUUUAAGCCAAAUAAAUGUUAAUUUGUAAGGCUAGACAUAGGCCCUUGGCAGAAAGGAAGAAGGAAUGUUCUUCUGUGAGUACACUCUUUCACCGCUUGGAAUAAAAUGCAGAAAAUAUUGGAGAAGUUUUGAACCUCAGUGAAUUGAAUUUUCAAGUCCAAUUACAGACAGCAUAUAAGGUGUAUCAGAAGCCUGGAAUUUGAGACCGUCUCUGUUUUGUUCAUAGGAGAUGAUUUUUGUGGUUUGCAUGCAUGCAAUCUGAGACUGCCGUUGACAAGAAGGCUGAGUUUACAUAAAUGAUCUAGAUUGAGACUCAGCUACCUUUCUUCCUUCUGUGGUGUAAUUACAGCUCAAUCUGGAGACAGCUAGCACAGCAAACAGAUUUCAUUACAUCGCUCACUCAAACACUAAGUGGAGUUAUUUCUGUUAAAUUCUGUCCUCCCUCCUCCCCCUGCACUCCUUCCCCCUGUCACACAGCUUGUUUGUCAUAGACCAGUGUGUUGCAUUCCACCAAAUGGAAAAUACAAGUAAAAACGCUGUUCUCUAUAAAUAUACUGAAAAUACAUCCUGCAUAAUGUACAUAAUAUUCUGUGUAAUUUAUGCCUAUAUUAUACCAUAAUAUUAUAUGUAUAAUAAGCACCCUUGAAGUACAAUCUUUGUAUGGGAGCAGCACUCAGAACUCAGGACUCGCUUUGUUCUGGAGAAUGGCUUCAACACCAGACCAAUUCUUGCUUGCAUUUUCUUUCAUGCCUGCCCUGGGAUUUUCUCUUUUCCCAAACUGGCAUUGCUGCCUGUGUUAGUGCCACUGCAGCGGGAAGCCUGGAGACAGAAGAGGAGCACCCAGAAGCAGGGGCUAGCCCAGAACUGGCAGUCACAGGCAUCUGCCUUAGCUAACCACUGUACAUUUUUACCUGUGAAAUUCCCUGAAGUUCUGCUAACGUAAAACAUGUGCAUGAAAGAAAUACCUACAUUCAACCAGAGUCAUAUUUCAGCCUUUUUUGGCUCUUUAGAAGCCAUAUGUCAUCUUCUCUUUGUCUUACAUUAUGCUAAGGGGUUCAUAAUGAUUUAGGGCUGCAAGAAGCUGCAGUCUGCUGGAAAUACUCUGAGCCAUCUCAACUCAGUCACCUCAGUUGUGUGAAAGAUAGAUCAAAUAUAUUGCAGAAUUGGUUGUAUAUAUAUAUAUAUAUAUAUACACACACACACACACAGCAAAACAGGUGUAAGCCUGGUUUAUUUUUUCAUGAAAGUACAAGUUUUUAUUUCUACUUUUUACUAAUAAAGGCAAAUCAGCAAAAAUUAAUGACUUUUUUAUUUUUGCUACCAGAAAGUUCUGAUUGCUCUUAAACUAUUCUUUAACCUUAUUUUUUUUAAAAAAAUAUCAUUUACCAGUAGUAUCAAGUAAAAAUGUUUAAUAUAUUUGCCUGUAAUUAUUAAGA